UAAGUGAGAUGGCCGUAUGUGAUAGAGUGAGAUAAGUAGUGACGCUGUUUAACAUGAGCGAGACGGCUAGUGACGCCGAUGCUCUAUUAUUGAUCAUUGGUUAUUAUCAUUUAGUACGCUACGUUCCUUCGUUUACUGUGCAUCUAUCGUAAUCGUGUAACUUUUGUACUGACGACUUUGGCUUUGUGUUUCCCUGGACUCGAGAUGCCGCAACUGUACACAGCGGAAGAAUAUGCGAACAUGCAUCUUAUUUAUGGCGAAUGCCAUGGUAAUGGCUCUGCCGCAGCCAGAUUAUUUCGCGAAAGGUACCCAAACUUAGAGCGUUACCCAGAUCACCGCGUGUUCUUUAAUGUACAUCAGGCAUACAUGGAAGGACGAUUGCCUAGUACACGUAGGAGCGGUGAAAGACCUGAAGCAGAGGACGACUACGAGGACGUAGUUUUAGGAGAAAUUGCGAAUGAUCCCAGCACUUCAGUACGUGGGAUUGAAUUAGCCACUGGAGUACCAAAAAGUACUGCUCAUCGAAUUUUAAAAAAGCUGAAAUUUCACCCGUAUCAUGUGCAACGUGUACAAACUUUGUUAGAAGAUGUACCACUCAACAUCUAUCGAGAAAUGUGGUUGCAACAAGAUGGUUGCCCAGCACAUUAUGCUCGCCCUGUACAUGAUUAUUUAAAUACGGAAUAUCCCGGAAGAUGGAUUGGGCGCCUUGGUCCAAUUUUGUGGCCUCCUCGUUCUCCGGACCUAAACCCCCUUGAUUUUUUUUACUGGGGCUUCAUAAAGAGUAAGGUAUAUGCAAAACCUAUAGAAAAUCUAGCCGAAUUGCGCAACAAAAUUGUAGAAGCAGCAGAAGAUUUUAAUUUAAGAAGAUACGGACGAUUAAUAAAAAGAUCUUUUUUGAGGCGAUGCAGAGCCUGUAUUUAUGCCGAAGGCAAACAAUUUGAGCAUUUAUUGUAAAAUUAAAGAAUUACAAUAAUUUCUUUCGUUUCAUUUCGAUUAAAAUUUCUUAUAAUACAACAAUCGACUAAUAUUAAGUUGACUCACUCUAAUUUAUGUUAAA